UAUUGUUCUCGUUAAAUUCCUUUCCCCCGCGCUCUCGCGCAUGCCAGUCUCCCGUUCUUUAGGAGGAGAGAGACGGAGGCUCGCGGGGCUGGGCUCUACGCAUUGGCUGAAAGGAGACCUCUGGUGUUUUUUUAGCUUAUAUUUUUAGCAGCGGAGGUCGGAUUCGUAUUGCAUCGCGCGUGGCUCAUCUGCAGUGCUGCUGCGCGCUGGAGAACCGCAGUGUGUUGCGCUCUGAACGCUCGAGCUCCGCAUACUGAACGCGCCCGCUGCAACGGCGAAUGAGCUCAAGAAAACACGCAGUUCGGUCUGUUUGCGGAGCGCUGGAUAUCUCAUAUAGGCUUUCUUCUUAUUUUUUUGGAAAUGGCCAGUCCCGGAGACGAUUCGGCUUCAAAUGCCCAGCUGGAUCAAGCUGAAUCUGCUGACGCUUCGCCAGAACCAGCGUUUCAAGAAGCUCAGAAAUGGAUCGAGGCAGUGACAGGAAGAAGUUUCGGUGAUAAGGAUUUCAGAAGCGGCCUGGAGAAUGGCAUUCUGCUCUGCGAGUUGCUGAGUUCAAUCAAACCAGGCCUUGUGAAAAAGAUCAACAGACUUCCAGCACCCAUUGCAGGACUGGAUAAUCUGACCAUGUUUCUGAGAGGAUGCGAAGAGCUGGGAUUGAAGGGAUCACAGCUGUUCGAUCCUGGAGACCUGCAGGAUACGUCGAUACGAGCAAACUUAACGUAUGUGUGUGCUUGUGUAUGGGCGAACAGACAGAAGCAGGAGGAGGAAAAAGAAGUUUCAGCUAAAGAAGCUACAUUUUUAUUUUAAUUGGUUAUUUGAAUUGUUUAAUGAGACUAUAAGCUUAGCCAACAGUUUUUUUUUUUUUGGAGAAUUUUGGUUAAUCCACAUUCAAGGAGAUACAAGAUGUUUACAAUUUUAAGAUGUAACAUUCAGCAAGGGUUUAUUAAUUGAGCAAAAGUGCGUUUUACAUCGACAAAGACUUAUAUUGUUACAAAAAGUAUAUUUCAGUUAAAUGCUGU